UGUGCGAGGUUACAUUUUCAAAUAUGGGUUGCAUUUUUGCUAAUCCGAUGAGAACUAAGUUGCAUUUCGCAUUUUACCUAUAUCCUGUAUAGGACAUCAAUAUCAGUAGUUACUUAGCUAUGGAAUAUUCCCAGACUAACAUCGAAACAUGAGGUUCAAUCGGAUUAAAAUUUUCAAUAUAUAAUCAACCGAGUUGUUCUUUUAUAUUUAUUGAUUUAUAUAGACUCAUUUUAUUUUAUUUUCACUUCAUUUCUUUUACUUUAUUAGUGUUAAACCACUAUUUCAUUUAUAGCAUUACUUGCAUUUAUCAAUAUAUCCUCAUCAUUUCUUUUGUGUAAUAAAAACCCAUAUUAUCAAUAAUGUCUCCAACUUAUACAAAAUUUACCAAUGGUCAUCUUAUAGAUAAUGGUCAAUUGUAUGAAAACGCUGAUAUAUAUAUUAACAAUGAGACCAAAAAGAUUAGUCAUGCUCCAUCCAAUGAAAAUUUGAUUACUAAAGUUAUAGAUUUACAUGGUCAAUACCUUGCUCCUGGUUAUCUUGAUAUUCAAAAUAAUGGGAUCUAUGGUUUAAACUUUUCAGCUUUAGAUGAGAAUUCAACUCCUGAAGAUAUUGCCUUGUUUGCUCAAUUUUAUAAAGAUGCUAUGAAAAAAUACCUUUCGACUGGUGUUACUGGAAUCUGUCCUACUGUUACCUCUAAUUUUCCUGAAGUUUAUAAGAAGGUUUUAAAAUUCUAUAAGAAAUCAAGACUAUCCAAUCAAUCUGAUUCUCUAGGAGCUCAUUUAGAAGGUCCAUUUAUAAAUUUAAAGAAGAAAGGUUGUCAUCCUACUGAAACAUUUGUUGAUGCCAAAGAUGGUGAAGCAAAGAAAUUGUUUGAUAUUUAUGGUGGUGAAUUAAAUGUGCUUAAUAAUGUUUGUAUUAUUACUGCUGCACCUGAAAUACCAGGUGUCUUAGAAGCAAUUCCAACUUUAACUGAGAAGGGGAUAGUAUUCUCUAUUGGUCAUACAAUGGCUGAUUAUGAAACUGGGUUGAAAGCUAUUGAAAAUGGAGCAACUAUGAUUACUCAUUUGUAUAAUGCUAUGCCUCAACCUCAUCACAGAAAUGCAGGAGUUGUUGGAUUAAUUAAUACUCCAGUCACUUCAAAUACCCCAUACUUUGGUAUGAUUGCUGAUGGCGUUCAUGUUGACGCAUCAAUGAUUAAUUUAGCAUAUAAAUCAAAUCCUGAAAAAUGUGUCUUGGUAACUGACGCAAUGCAUUUGAUUGGUUUAGCUGAUGGGACUUAUAAGUGGGAUCAACAAUACAUUGUGAAAACUGGUGAUCGUCUUUAUUUAAAAGGGACUGAUACUUUAGCUGGAGCUGCUACUACCUUACCACAAUGUGUUAGAAAUUUGAUGAAGUGGUCAGAAAUAUCUCUUCCAGAAGCAGUUAAGACAUGUACUAAUAAUGCUGCUGUUUCGAUCGGUGUCCAAAAUGAGAGAGGUUUCUUGAAUGUUGGAUGUGAUGCUGACUUUGUUGUAUUAAAUAAGGAAGGCUAUGUUCAAAAGAUUUUUAAAUUGGGUCAAGAAGUUCAAUCUUCUGAUAUAAUUGUUGAAAAUUCUAAGUUAUUAGCUUCUUUAUAGAUUUGAUUUCCUUAUUAAAUAUCUAUAUUUAUUGUAAUAAAUUUCCUUGCAUAUAUAAAAAUCAUUAAUUUAAGUUUAUAUCAAUUGUAGGAAUUUAACUACAAAUUUAUGAUCACAA